CUGGAGCUCUUUGAGGAACUGAAAAAGAUCUUUUCUUACAUUUAUUUUUUUUCAAUCUGAGAAUUGCUCUAUUAUUGAAAGUCAGGAUGAAUGUAAUGCAGCUGGUAGCUUGUGGACUAAUCAUGAGUCUUGUAAUGGUCAGAAUGGAGGCGAGACCAACAACACCAAGCCAGCAGAAGGCUCUGGAAGCUCUGCUAGGAGAAGAGCUGGCAGAUUUUCUGGCUUCAGGUGAACGUAGGAUGCGACUGCUGAGGGAACUCCGCACAGACACUCGUGCCAAGGGCAUGUGGGCACGCUUCGUAAAUGACCAGAAUGGCUCACGGAGACACAAGGCGGGAACAAAAAAAGGAGGAAGCACCACCAGGAGCGGCUGCUUUGGACACAAGAUGGACAGAAUAGGCACCAUCAGCGGCAUGGGCUGCCAACCAGCAUAUUACCCAUCCACAAAUAAUCUCUCCUGAGUAUCACCAGGAGCAUAAGGCUUGGGACAAUGUUGACUUUCUUCUUUUAAGGAAAGCCUUAAAAAAUAAAUUGAAAAGACCCGGAUUGUCGGUACGGAAAACUGCCAAGAUUGACUGCUAUGAGGAAAAAAGAAAUCAUCAAAAAACAUCAAAUAAAAAUUCCACAAAUCAUCAGUGACAUCACAAGAUGACGGAGAACGGUGUAAAACAUUGCGCGAAGCUGUAUAUUGUCGCUGCUGCUGUACAUUAAUGUACUUCAUUUCUGCAUAAAAUGUAUUUAUGUUUAAAAAAAAACUAUUUAUAUGUUUAUAAAAAAGAGAUAUUUAUAAAUGAAUUUUAUUUAUGUAACAUUUUCAAAUGAAUGCACACUGCAGGCCAAUUAUGUUUGUAACUUUUGUUUUGUCU